AUGAACGCUAAAGAAAUAGAAGUGGGAUUUUUGGAGGUCGUGGGGAAUGCAUUAUUGGUGGAUGUGACUAAAUAUCAUGAUGACAUGGAUAAGUUACUUAAAGCAAUGCAAAUAUCAAUCUUCUACCAAAGACAGUAUCAUCUGCAACGCAAUGCAACGGAAGAACAGCUUAAAUGCAUUCAGGGUUAUGGAAUGCUUGUAUAUCAGCGCGAAACAACAAUUUAUACAAUGCAUUUCAAGGGAGGAUUGUAUAUUGUUGACAUUUUCACAAGUUUCAUAAUCCCAGACAAUGUUGGUCAAGCAUAUGUAUUGGCCGAAAUUAUGGAAAAGAAUUAUACUCCUUCGAAUGAAACACCGGUAACAGAUUCACCAUCCAAAAGAGCGACAGCAAAAUAUUAA